UGUAUCCGCGGUCUAGUCGGUGGAGCUCUUGUUAACAAUGCACUGUACUGAUACACUGUCUAAUGCUUCGGCGAACUGAUUGGUUGUUAAAUCUGACUGGACAUAUAGACAAAAUGAUGCUGUCUGUCUGUACAGUGAUGUUCCUGGGGAGUGCCCUUACAGUACCGUGCUUUGGGUAUGGCCUGGGGCCACCCCUAGGUGCAUGUGUGAAUAUGUGGCCAAGCCAUGGGAUUGACGCCCAGUCCACGGACCCACCCUACACAAUCACUGUCAGCAAGGAUACGUAUACCGCUGGGGAACAACUAACGGUUUUCGUCAACACCACUGACAUGUAUCCGGAGAUACAAUUCUUCGAAGGUCUGAUGAUCCAAGCUAGACGUGCCAAGUGUGACCAUGUACACUAUCAAGACGCUGUCGGCUCGUUUACAUUGGAGGGUGGCGAGGAUUUCCUCGGCCUGCUGAACUGUCAGGGUGGAGUCAACAGUACUGUCGCUCACAGGGCCCAUGACCACAUCUACAAUAGAACAUUCACGUGGAUAGCUCCGUCAACAAGCGUGGGACAUGUUUACUUCAGGGGGACAAUUGUCAGGAGGAAAAUAACUUUUUGGACGACAUUGAAGUCGGCAUUUAUUCGAGACACCUCGGAUUCUUCUACCCCAGAGUCAUGCUACGUCCAAACCAAACUGGCAAAUACUGUAACCAACGCAGCAAACAUCCGGAUCCUCUCCAAUAUUUCUGUCUUGGUUUCCAUCGUGAUAUGGUGGUUCCGUAUAUAAUCUUUUUUUCAUCUCAAAAACUGAACUAUUUUAAAUAAUAUAUAGUGUACGGGAACAAACCCAGAAAAUUAACAUUGACUUCAAAAGAUGAUUGUGUGGUAAGGAAAGGCACAUACGUAAAACCUAGUGAAUGAAGUAUAUUUCUAGAAGUACCGUCUACAGUGAUUUCGAAUACUGUUUACUGCUGUGUUUGAAACAUAACAUCACUUAUGCAUAUAUGUAUACAAAUAUGUAUUUUAUCCUUAUACCUAGAAAAUAAACGUUUCCCCAUGUUUGCAGCAAUGUAUUCCGUUUGAGGUGGGACAUACAACCCUUUCUCCUUUGCCUCUGUAUGUUGGGACAUAUAACCCUUUUUCCUUUGCCUCGGUAUGUUCGGACAUACAACCCUUUUUCCUUUGCCUCUGUAUGUUGGGACAUACAACCCUUUCUCCUUUGCCUCUGUAUGUUGGGACAAUCAACCCUUUCUCCUUUGCCUCUGUAUAUUGGGACAUAAUACCCUUUCUCCUUUGCCUCUGUAUGUUGGGACAUCCAACCCUUUCUCCUUCGCCUCUGUAUGUUGGUACCUUUGUCAUACGCCACAAGUUGUUUAGCGAUCCUUUCUUCAAAACCGAGGUUGAUUAUUCAAACGUGGAAUAUUGAGGACAAUAUUGAUCGAAAGCUUAGCAAAAGGUACAUAUAUUACACAUAAAAGUUGUUGUAAUUGCGAAGAGUGUUUUGCUUUUAAAAUGUUUAUUGUCCAUGGUAUUGAAUUUAAUGUCGACCAGACAGAUAUUAGAAAAAGGAACAUUUGAUCGGAGUACACACUUAUCCUCUACAGAAUUUUUUCACGAAACAUCAUCUUUUUGAUCACCUUGUGUUCUUGUAGAGAUAUCGAAAUUUAAUUACUUGAUUUUUAACUCAUAAGGCGGUUAAAUGAUGUUAAUAUUACCUCAGCUAGAUUAACCCUUGAACUAAUUUACAACUUCAGACAUAACUACUUCGCAUACCUUCAAUUUGUCAAACACGUAUUUUUGUAAUUAUUUGUGAAGACAUAAAUUAAAGUUUUCAUUCAUCGCUUUUUAUGAAAUAUGCUCAACACUGUAAAAUAAAAUGUCGAAAUUAAGACAUUCUACAGCUUCCGUCGAUCUGCCAGUUAUGUGUUUUAUUUUGUCACCAAUGUUUUAUUUAGUCACCAAUAAAAAAAGAAAACAG